ACGGUAUUUUAUUGCUUUUGCGUGGCUGGUCACACCGCUACAAAUGCAAUGACGCUGACACUGACAUCGGACUUCGAUAUUUAUUAUGGACAAUAAUGUAGGGCAAAUAGAAGAAAAACAAAAAAUUGCGACGACAACAGCUAAUUCGAACGAAUUAAUUGCGGCGACACACAGCGCUUCAAUUGGCGCUAGGUCAGUCACAAACAUUUUAACCAACUCAGCAUCGUUCUGGAAGAACAGCGGCCGUGCAGUGCCCGGGCGGCCCAGUCCGAAACGCGAUUUUCUCGACAACACAAACACAAACAUCGGCAAGUCGGGCGGUGGAGGUGGGACAGCGGUGCAGCGUGGAGAUCGUGCGGCCGCUGGCGGAAUGGUGUCAACCUUUCGGGACUAUCAGCAAUCGGUGAGCGAUGCCUGGGACACCGGUGACGAUGAAUUUUGCAUAAUAAGCAGCAACGAAGCCGCCGCCGCCGCAGCAGUUGGAGAUGCCACGCGCAUAUCGCGACAGGUUUCACAAACUGUAGCCCUUAACGUCAUAGAAACGCAUUCGCGCAGCAAUCAAAAUCACGUCUCAACCAGCAGUGAAAUGCUUGAUGUGCAGGCUAGCAAUGCGGAUCUCAUUCCAGGCGCUGCUAGUUAUGCGGAAGACAUUAAGCAGGACCGCAGGUCAUCGCAUGACAGCAACGAAAACAGAUCUCGAUUGCGUAACUAUCCCGGUCGGCCACAGCUGCAGAAAAUCAGCACUAAUUCGCAAGAUGGGGAAUUCGAGACAAAGAUAGAAAAGUUUCAGUUGCUGCUGGACUCGCCACAGUUGGAUCUGGUAGCGCUCAAAAAACUAAGCUGGUCGGGCGUGCCGCGAAAAAUGCGCGCUGUUAGCUGGCGUUUGCUAUCAAAGUAUUUGCCUCCAUCAAGUGAGAGGCGAAACGCCGUGCUGCAGAGUAAACGGCAAGGAUAUCAGGAUCUGCGACACAACUAUUUCAAGGUGGACAGCCAGGAUGAAACGCAACAGGACACGUACCGUCAGAUACAUAUCGAUGUGCCGCGCAUGAAUCCACAAAUACCGCUCUUCCAGCAACAGCUCGUGCAGGAAAUGUUCGAGCGUGUACUCUUCAUAUGGGCCAUUCGUCACCCCGCCUCCGGCUAUGUGCAAGGCAUCAACGAUCUGGUCACGCCGUUUUUCAUAGUCUUUCUGCAGGAAGCACUCACGCCGGAUACAGAUCUUGAGAAAUACGAUAUGUCACAACUGCCAGAGGAAACGCGCAACAUUAUCGAAGCCGAUUCCUUUUGGUGCCUAUCCAAGUUUCUUGACUGCAUACAGGAUAAUUACAUAUUUGCCCAGCUGGGCAUACAGGAGAAAGUUAAUCAGCUGAAGGAUUUAAUACAACGUAUCGAUGUCAAUUUGCAUCGUCAUCUACAGACACAUGGCGUUGACUAUCUACAAUUCUCAUUUCGUUGGAUGAACAAUUUACUGACACGCGAGCUACCCCUCCACUGCACAAUCCGAUUGUGGGACACAUAUCUGGCCGAAUCGGAUGGGUUUGCGCUCUUCCAUCUGUAUGUGUGUGCGGCGUUUUUGCUGCACUGGAAGGAGCAGCUAAUGCAACAGAAUGACUUUCAGGGUCUUAUGUUGCUGCUACAAAAUCUGCCAACGCAUAAUUGGUCCGAUCGACAAAUAAAUGUGCUGCUCGCUGAGGCGUUUCGCUUGAAGUUCACAUAUGCUGAUGCGCCCAAGCAUCUGGAGACGAAAAGUUGACAAAAGCAAUCCGGAUCCUGAAUGAUGCAUAUACGAUACGUAAAAUAGAAAUUAGUUUACAACCUUUUGCUGGUAUAUAUUCACAUACACACAGACAGACAGUCACACAUACACAGACAUAAACUUACGUAU